AUGGCGUGCGGAGGGCAACGAGCGUGCGGAAAGGGAAAUGAACAGCGAGGGAGUGAGGGCGCAGAGUUGCACCGGAUCGGACGGGGCGUUUGCUCAAACAUUGCUUGGCUGGCUGACACAGGGCGAAAUCAAGUACUGAUCUGGGAGAUACUUUCGACCAAUGGAAAGCGACGCUGGUCGACGUGUGCUGCUGCUGCUGCAGCAUUUGGCUGGGUUUUGCAUGAGGUGUGA